AUGUCUUUGGCACGAACAUUAAUCAGAAGUUCUAAUAAAUACUUUGCUUGCAAUCCUAAGCAAUGUCUGAUACAAAUAAAAUUGAACGCGUCAACAAACGCCGAGUCGUUCCUCUGCGGGGCGAACGCCAACUUUCUGGAGGCGCAGUACCUGGACUGGGCCAAGUCUAAAGGAUCAGUAGACUCCUCUUGGGAUGGAUUCUACGACAGCCUUUGUGGUCCAGCUUUAAAAAUAGAAGAAAUGCAAGAUGAUUUUAGCCCUAAAACUGUCAAGUCGAAGUCAGGCUCCAAAGGCAAAGACAAAGAGGAAGAGUUUAGGAUCAAAAUUAAGCUCAAUUUGGCAGUAGCCAGCUUGAUCAGAGGUUAUCAGUCUCGUGGUCAUCUGAUGGCGAAAGUAGACCCUUUGAAUUUGACAUUGCCUGCCGGUUUCCUGGCCCACGCCAAAAACCUGUCGCCUGACCACAAAGGACUGCAGUGUAACUUGGUGGCUCGCGAGAUGAUAUCUGAACUGGGUGAAAAACACAUGGACAUGGUUUUUGAACUACCUUCAAGAACUUUUAUUGGUGGCUCUGAAACUCAAUUGACGCUCAGGGAGAUAAUCUCCCGGCUGGAGAACGUAUACUGCCAGUCUAUCGGCAUAGAGUAUAUGCACAUGUAUGACGUGGAUGCAGUGCAGUGGCUCAGGGAGAAGAUGGAGAAGCCUGGUGCUAUGGACAUACCUGAUGCUGAGAAGAAACACAUCAUGCGCCGGCUCACGAAGGCUGUGUUCCUUGAAAAGUAUUUCGCGGCUAAAUGGCCAUCAGAGAAAAGAUUUGGUUUGGAGGGCGGCGAGAGCAUGAUCUUGAUGUUGGAGGAGAUCGUGGACACCAGCACCAAGCUCGGAGUGCAAUCUAUUAUCAUGGCCAUGCAGCAUCGAGGUCGUCUGAACAUGCUGGUAAAUGUGUGUCGCAAACAGUUGGCUGACGUCUUCGCUCAGUUUAAACCUCUCGAGCCUAAAGAAAGUGUUUCCGGCGAUGUCAAGUACCAUUUAGGUACAAACAUACACCGGUUCAUCAGACGAACCAACAGGUACAUCAAGGUAGCAAUGAGCGCCAAUCCAUCUCACUUGGAGGUGGUCUCCCCCGUGGUGUUAGGCAAAGCCAAGGCGGAACAGUUUUUCAAGGGUGACAGUAACGGUGACAAGGUUAUGGCGAUAGUCAUGCAUGGCGACGCAGCAAUAUGCGGACAGGGUGUUGUGUUUGAGACUGUCGGGUUGAGUGCGCUGCCUAACUUCACAACGCAUGGAAAUGUCCACAUUAUCUGCAACAAUCAGAUCGGGUACACCACCGAGCCUCGAUUCCAUAGAAGCUCGCCAUACUGCUCAGAUAUUGCGAAAUGUAUCGACGCGCCCGUCCUGCACGUGAACGGAGACGACCCAGAGGCGGUGGCGUAUGUGGGGCGAGUAGCCAUCCAGUUCCGCUGCAAGUUCAAGAAGGACGUGGUCAUAGACCUCGUGUGUUACCGCCGCUACGGCCAUAGCGAGGAGGACGAGCCCAUGUACACGCAACCCUUCAUGUACAAGAAGAUCAGAAAAAUGAGAACAAUUGACCUAAUGUACGCUGAUCAUCUGAAGGCUAAUGGAAUUGCGACGGACGCUGAUAUAAAGAAAUGGGAAAAGGAGUAUACAAACACGCUCAACACUCACUUUGAUAUGUCUAAGAAAAUAACCAAACUCUGCAUCAUGGACUGGGUCGAUACUCCUUGGACGGGCUUCUUUGAAUCCGUCGACCCUAACGUGAUUAAAGAAACAGGAAUAAGUCAGCAAACGGUUACGACCAUUACGAAUCAUUUUGUCAAACCGCCGGAGCCAUGGGCCUUCGAGAUACAUCCUGGUGUCACUAAAAUACUGAAAAAUCGAGAAAAACUGAUUGCCGACGGUAUCGCAGACUGGGCGAUAGGCGAAGCACUGGCCUACGGCUCGCUACUACGCGAUAAAGUGCACAUUCGCUUCACAGGGGAGGAUGUAGAGAGAGGCACCAUGGCACACAGGCAUCAUGUGUACCACCACCAAGGUGUCGACGGCGCUGUGUACCGCGUGCUAGACUUCCUGUACCCCGACCAGGCUGUUUACUCGCUACACAAUAGUUCGCUCUCUGAAUAUGGUAUCCUGGGCUAUGAGUGUGGCUACUCGUACUCGAGCCCGUACGUGCUGUCCAUCUGGGAGGCUCAGUUUGGAGACUUUGCAGACACGGCGCAGCCAAUCAUAGACACAUUCAUCACGAACGGGGAGAGCAAGUGGGUCUGUCAGUCCGGGCUGGUGAUGCAUCUACCACAUGGUAUCGAUGGUGGUGGUCCCGAGCACUCUUCUGGGCGCAUCGAGAGAUAUCUGCAGCAAUGUGAUGAUGACGAGGAAGCUAUACCUAAUCUCGACGACAAAAAUAUGGCGCUGAAGCAGUUGCGAGCAUGCAACUGGAUCGUGGCUAACCCAACGACCCCAGCAAACUAUUUUCACAUGAUCCGGCGACAAAUUGCGUUGCCGUUCCGUAAGCCACUGGUCACGUUCUCCCCAAAAGUCGGCCUCAAGCAUCCCUAUUUUCGGUCGCCGUUGACGGACUUUUACCUUGGAACUACUUUUAAAAGGGUAAUCCCAGAAGACGGACCUGCCAGCAAAAAACCUGAUGGCGUGAAGAAACUGAUUUUCUGCACCGGUAAUGUCGCCAUCAAGAUAAACGAUGCACGGAAAGAAAAGAAACUAGAAGAUAAAAUCGCAAUAUGUCGUGUUGAACAGCUAUAUCCAUUCCCUUACGACUUGGUGCUAAAGGAAUUCUGCAAAUAUGAGAAGGCACAAAAAUGUUGGUGCCAAGAGGAACACAAGAACCAAGGAGCUUGGCUCUUCUGUAAAGUUCGCAUGGAGAACCUCUUCCAGCAAAAAAUUGAAUGUAUUUCCAGACCAUCUAGUCCAGCUUCAGCAACUGGUAUCAAAUGGGUGCACACAAAAGAAAUAAAAGAACUUAAAGCAAAAAUGGUACAACUUAAAUGA